AUGGCAGAGAGACCAGCAGAGAGAGGCCGGGGUGGGUUCGGCCGAGGCUUCGGCGGGCGCGGAGGUGACCGCGGCCGUGGAGGAGGCCGACGCCGCCCCGGGCGCCGCGAGGAGGAAGAGAAGUGGGUCCCAGUGACCAAGCUCGGCCGCCUCGUGAAGGAAGGCAAGAUCAAGAGCCUGGAGCAAAUCUACCUACACUCUCUACCCAUCAAGGAGCACCAGAUCAUCGAUGCUCUUGUCGCCUCCGGUAGCCUCAAGGAUGAGGUGAUGAAGAUUAUGCCGGUCCAGAAGCAGACUCGGGCCGGUCAGCGAACCCGAUUUAAAGCCUUCGUUGUCGUCGGCGAUAGCAAUGGGCACGUCGGGCUCGGAGUCAAGUGCAGCAAGGAGGUGGCCACUGCGAUACGUGGUGCGAUCAUAUUGGCUAAGCUGUCUGUGAUUCCGGUGAGGAGAGGGUACUGGGGUAACAAGAUUGGGAAGCCCCAUACGGUUCCUUGUAAGGUGACCGGCAAGUGUGGCUCUGUCACAGUCAGGAUGGUGCCCGCUCCCCGUGGUGCUGGAAUUGUGGCUGCCCGUGUGCCCAAGAAGGUCUUGCAGUUUGCUGGUAUUGAUGAUGUUUUCACCUCCUCCCGUGGCUCCACCAAGACUCUUGGCAACUUUGUCAAGGCUACUUUUGAUUGCCUCCUGAAGACUUACGGUUUUCUGACCCCUGAAUUCUGGAAAGAGACACGCUUCAGCAAAUCUCCAUUCCAAGAGUUCACAGACCUGUUGGGAAGGCCAACCAAGCCCCUUCUGAUUGAAGACGUGGAGAAAGUAGAAGCCUAG